CCUAUUGCCAUCAAUAAAUUUUCAGUCUGUCAUUGCACAGAAAACCAAAACGGUUUUUUGUACGCGCAAGGAAACGUCUGUUGCAGUUUUGCUAGGAUUGAUGGGGUUCGUCUUAUCGGCUUGAUUUCUGUUGAUCUGUCCCAAUUUACCCACUUCUCAGCGUGAGAAAACUUCACUUUUGAAGUCCGUUAUCCAAUAUGCCGGUUAAGACGGCACCGUUGCCUGAGUGCGCGUACUGCGGAUUAUCGAAGCGUCAGUAUUUGGCGUACUGUAACGCAGAAAACUGUCAGAAAUGGUUUUGCAAUGGUACUCAGGAUAAUUUGGGCAAAAGCCAUAUCGUAGCUCACUGUGGAAAAGCGAAGCACACAAUUAUCUCCGUUAGUCGACAAUAUGUUUCCACACUAUAUGAGCCUCAGUGCACCCAGAAAUUGUGUACGGUGCGGAAUAUCUUUGAACUGGCUGUAGAAGACAUUGGCAAGCCAUUCAACAAGCGGAAAACGUGGUGCCGGAAACAUGCUGUCGAAAAGGACCUGGUGGGCCGUUGCCGCUGGAAUACCUUGGUUGCCGCACACUUGGAAGACGAUCAGCCGCAAACGCCUGCACAUACGCUUACAUUCUUUAUCCGGCUUUCUGCCUGGUUUCUGGCCUCCGUGCCGCAAGAUAUCAUGGACAAGAACAAGGCAAAGUCGCAGCGGAUGUGGGAUGAAUGUGCACUUGAUAAAGACACUGUCGAUACUCUAGAGGAUUUCUGGCGUGGGAAUCCGCGCGGAACAAAAAAGGAAUUUAAGGAAUGGAAGAAAAUGAUGAAGGAUUUCCAAAUCAACCAAUACGACGCCUUUGCCGAUACGAACGCGUAUUGGAGACACUGGAACCGUUUGGUUCUGCAGCUAUCCCGACAGGAAAUGGACACCAUAAAAUCGCUGCCGACGAUUGAGAACCUGACCGCUAAAUGGAUAGACAACGGUUGCAACGCGGAUAUCGAAGUGCUCGUGCCACAAGGCGUCCUCACGCACUAUCUCGAGAAAGGUCAACAUGUGCGCGUUAUUUUUCCGAUUGUACAGGUUGAGGGUAGUAAGAUGAAUCGUACUGCGACAAUCUCCGGCAAGAAGCCGGCGGAUAAUGGCGGCGACCAUAUUACCAUCCACUGUAUUGAUCCAGUUGACCGGGCAGAAGACCGUGUGACCGAAAGGUUAGAAAUGCAGCUGCUGUGCAAUGACGUCCACUACUGGCGAAUGCUUCAAGCUCUUUUCAAAGUGCGAAACGAUGGUAUGUGCAUGUCACCGCAAAUCUUGGAUGCUGUACUGGGACGCUGGACGCUGCUACAAGCAGCGCCGUACCACGCGAACUCACCGGAUCCCGCCGGAUUAGGAACUUUUUAUUGGCAGCUUGCAAGUGAACAGCACAUUACAGAUGUGGCUGAGGAGGUGACUGAUGAAGAGACGGCCGAGGUCGAAGUCCAACCCUUGCGCAUCAUUACAACUACAAAUACGCUGUCAGUCCACCACAAACCGCGGCCGUUCCGCAGGGAGUACGAAAAUUCCGUGGCAGGAUUUCGUGAUUUCUGUUUUGACCCUGAAAGUCUCGCGGUCGCAGCUCUGAACGCUAAACAGAAGGAGGCUGUUCAAAAGGCGCUGCUGAACACCGUGUGUCUAAUCCAAGGACCACCAGGCACCGGCAAAACGGAGACGGCGGUAGCGAUUAUCCGCAGCUUAGCACUUCAAGAUCCUCAGGCGAAAAUUCUCGUGUGCGCGCCCAGUAACGUGGCCAUCGAUGACCUUACUUGGAAGACAGCGCGUGAUAACAGCAGUCUGAAGAUUUUCAGACUACUACCCCAUGGCCGCGAUAUAGCAUGUGUGGAUAAACGUGUUGAAAAAUACACCGUAAACUGGAAGUUCAGUCAGCAGCAUGGUUCUCCGAAUUUGCACGAAACAGAGAUGUGGGACGUUAAUGAAUUCGAGCGAAAAUGUGUUAAAGAGGCGCAAGUUGUUUACACCACAUGCAACAGUGCCGGACUGAAAUCCUUAGAAAGGAUUCGUUUUCCGUAUGUGCUCAUUGAUGAAGCGGCACAAGCAAUGGAACCUGAUUGCUUGAUCGCCAUAACCAGGGCGUGCGAAAAGCUGGUGUUAAUUGGUGACCCGGAGCAGCUCGGGACGGUUGUAAGUUUCCCGAAUCUCCAGAAAUCGCAGUUGGGAAGGUCGCUGUUUGAGAGGCUGUGGGGAGCGGAGCGAUUUCCAGCGGGUGCUCGUGUCACGCUGACCCAGCAGUACCGUAUGCAUCCAGCCAUUUCCAUGAUGGUGUCGCAGAUCACUUACGAAGACCAGUUGGUGGAUGACGGUUGCGUUUUGCGCCGAGCUUCGGCAUCGACUGUUCUGGACCGCAUUUUCAAGUACUCUACGCAACACCGUGUUAAUAAAAAACGCGCUUUCUUAAACGCAAAUGGAUUUUCGCGAAGAGUGACCGGUGAUAUUCCCAUGGUUUUUGUGGAUUUGGCGCAUAAUGAUGAAUUGUCGGGCAUCGGUACAUCCUUUGUCAACAUGGGCGAGGCGCACGUCAUCGCACGCCUGGUGGCUAAUAUUCUGCAUAAGGACGAAGCCGACGCAACCAUGAAACCAUCCCCAGACAACAUUGGCUUAAUAACAUUCUACAAUGGGCAAAGGUCACAGCUGAGAAUCGAUUUGCAGCGCCACGCUGAUGCCCAUAGCCUGCCGCACGUGGAUAUAGAGAUCAACAGUGUGGAUGGAUUUCAAGGACGGGAGAAGGACAUUAUCAUCUUAUCGUGCGUCCGUUCAUCUGAAACGUACAUGGGCCGGCGCACUCUGGGCUUCACGGAUGACAAACGGCGUCUAAACGUUGCACUGUCCCGCGCGAAGAAGGCGCUGAUUAUUGUGGGCAAUAGCGAGGUGUUCGAGCAUUCUGAGCUUUGGCAACAGUAUUUUCAAUAUAUUCCUCGUGAGCCCUUGGACAUGGUGUGCCGUUUCCUGAGAAUGUUAUGCAGCACCCUUCCUCGUGGAGGAUGUCAAAUCUGUCCGGAAGGCAGCAACCGACGUGUUCAGUCCGCUAUGAGAGCUUUCCAAGUUCGGCAAGAUUUGGGCAGGUGAUCCAGAAAAAAAGAUCAAACAGUUCUUUUGCUUGCAAAAGCAUAUUAGAAUUCCCGGGCAGUCCGAAUUUUUUGUCUUCCCAACCGCGGCAGUCGAUUUCAACACUGCUACGCGGAAUAUAUAAAAAUUAAUACAAAUACAAGCAACGUUUUAGCCAUUUUAACAACCGAUACUCUUUUGUUUUAUUUUGUCUUUUCUUCGGGUGAUGCUCGACAUUGUAACUUUUGGUGUUGGCAAGACUAAAAUGAAAACUGAAAGAAAAUUUAAAAAUAAAAAAAGCU